AUGGCAUCAAUAUUCGAGCCUUUGCGAAACACUUGCGCCUGCCUUAGUGGUCUUGUGUACCUGGGCUGGGGGUGCCACCCCCGCCGAAUCAACAAGUAUCUCGCUCAGUAUCGCCAGCUCUACCCAUCCUCGGCUCUUCUUUUGAUUACGACCAGCAUUCCCGACACUGCUUUUCGGCCAUUCAGAUGGAUUCGACGUCGUCUCAAUCCCGCCCGCCGCGCCAUCCGCCACGUCCUGGCCUCGGCGACUGGCGACGAGCCCCGGGGUACAGAUGACAAACCUGGCAUUUUAUUCCAUCUAUUCUCUCACGGAGGGUGCAAUAUCGGGGUACAGCUAUCCCUCGCAAUGAGAGAAGAAGACGACCAUGGAGUGGCAUUUCUUUCUAGUAUUCGGGGUAUAAUUCUAGACUGCUCCCCUGGAGAUGACACCUUUGAAAGAUCAUAUCGUGCUGCUCUUCUCUCUGUGCCCCAAAACACAAUAGCGCAGUUUAUCAGCGGUACUUUAUUAUACCCCUCACUUUCUAUACUCAAUGGUUUACAGCAUGCUGGGUUCAUUCGCGCAGUGCGAGACCUACGUCUCGCAUUGAACGAUCCAAACACGUUUGGCACAGAUGCGAAAAGGUUGUAUAUAUACUCUAAAGAAGAUGUCAUGGUGGGCUGGGAGGAUGUUCAAUCUCACUUUAAAGAGGCCAGAUCCCAGGGAUAUACCGCCGAUCAAAUUGUUUUCGAAUCUGGAUCGCACUGCACACUCAUGAUAGAAGAUGCAGAUCGGUAUUGGACGGCUGUCCAGAGGUUCUGGGAGGGUGGGGACUUGUCUGUUUUGAGUUUCAACCCGGCCCCAUCGGGUGCUAUAUCCACCUCCAGGAACCAACCUCACUCGCGCAGCCGACUCUAA